AUGACCGCGAAAAUCGAGGAAGUGAUCCGGUCACGUCUUGGCGUAGUGGAGGAAAUACUGGAAAUCACACAUCAGCCUGCUUUGUCGAUGGGCGUCAUUCAUCAUGGGAAAGAAGUCUUUAGACACAAUCGGGGCAUUAUCAACAAUGAGACUGGCCAAACACCAAACAGCGAUACUCUGUACUGCAUUGCAUCCCUUUCGAAAGCCUUCGUUUCUGCCGCUAUAGACAUUCUCGUCCAACGUCAGGAGCUGAGUUGGGACACAACAGUGGCCCAAGUUCUUCCAGGGUAUGGUCGAUAUGAUCAAGAUGCAAUGCUCAAUGGCAUGACGCUUCGAGAUAUCUGCUCUCAUCGGACUGGCCUUCAUGGUCUAGACGAAAUAAUUCAGGGCAUGGACGGGCGUAUCCUCCUUCCGAAAAGCGAGGUUGUCAAUAUCGUCAACGCCCUGCCCAAAAAGUUCGGAUUUCGGACAGACUUCCACUACAACAACGCCCUAUUCGAAUUGGCCGGUGCAAUAAUUGAACGAAUUUCUGGAUCCCAGACCUGGGGACACUUUCUCAAGGAAGAGCUGUUCGACCCACUAGAGAUGAAGCGGACAACGGCCUUUCGCAACGUCCACAAGACCGACGACAACAUUGCUACGCCAUACAUGUGUCUGACAGACGGCUCGCUAUGCAAAAUAGCACCCACCGAGCUAUCUGCGGAUUCUAUGAACGGUGGCUCUGGAGGACUCCGCAGCUCCGUGAAUGAUCUGCUCAAGUGGUGUUCCAGCCUGUUGGCAUCCUUUGAUGAGAAAAGCACCGCCAACCCCAUUCGUCACAGAUCACCAAUCUUUGAUCGCGCCAAUAUGGCCAAUCCGAGCUCUGUUGAAGAUGGCGACUACUGCACCGGGUGGUGCUAUCACCAAACCCCCUCGAAGCUGGGAUUAAUCUCCCCUAAUCGAAGCCUGCUCUCACCAGUUCUCGGGACCAAUUCUGAAUCCUUACUCGUCUACGGCCACCAAGGCGACGUUCCCGGGUAUACGUGUUCCUUGUAUCUUAUCCCAAAGACUCAGUCUGCUAUUGUCGUCCUAUCCAACGGUACUGGCCUCUCUGACGCUACCGACUGGAUUGCCCAGGAUAUCCUCCAGGCGAUGUACAGCCUGAAGCCAACCGUGGAUUUUGUCUUCAAUGCGCAUCAGGCAUCCAUUCUAUACAAGACCACGUUCAAGAGGCUGUUUCAGUUGCCUCUCGAGGAACAUAGAAAGAUGGGUACGCCUACUCCGCCCUUGGACGACUUCACUGGGGAGUAUGUAAUGGAGAACCUGGACAUCGCCACUCUCAACAUCAAAGCUGGCCCGGAAACCUCAUCAACUGGUCUUCGAAUGAGAGUCAAUGGUCUCGCGGACCAGGAGUACUACUUGUGGCAUUAUCAUGUGGACGUAUGGUGUUAUCUUCCGGAGAGCGCUGACCAAUGUUUGAGACGUGGUCUCGACAGAAGUGACUGGACCUCAUACCUUAUCUCAUUUCAGAGGGAUGCAGAAGGUCAAGUCGAGAAGUUGGGAUGGGAUAUGUGUGGUGUGAGUGUUGUUUUCUACAAACGAAAAUGA